AUGGCUGUGCCUCCCACGUACGUUGACCUUGGCAAGUCUGCUCGGGAUGUCUUCACCAAGGGCUACGGAUUUGGCCUAAUCAAACUUGAUUUGAAAACAAAAUCUGAGAAUGGACUGGAAUUCACAAGCUCGGGCUCUGCAAACACGGAGACCAGCAAAGUGACAGGCAGCCUGGAAACAAAGUAUAGGUGGAACGAGUACGGGCUGACGUUCACGGAGAAGUGGAACACGGACAACACACUGGGCACCGAGAUCACCGUGGAGGACCAGCUUGCGCAUGGACUGAAGCUGACCUUUGACUCCUCCUUCUCACCUAAUACUGGGAAAAAAAAUGCUAAAAUCAAGACAGGGUAUAAGCGGGAGCACAUCAACCUGGGCUGCGAUGUGGAUUUUGACAUCUCUGGGCCUUCCAUCCGGGGCGCCCUAGUGCUGGGCUAUGAGGGCUGGCUGGCGGGCUACCAGAUGAACUUUGAGACCGCCAAGUCCCGGGUGACCCAGAGCAACUUUGCAGUUGGCUACAAAACAGAUGAAUUCCAGCUUCACACUAAUGUGAAUGACGGGACAGAGUUUGGAGGCUCUAUUUACCAGAAGGUGAACAAGAAGCUGGAGACUGCUGUCAAUCUCGCCUGGACAGCUGGAAAUAGUAACACUCGCUUCGGAAUAGCAGCCAAGUAUCAGAUCGACCCUGACGCCUGCUUCUCAGCCAAGGUGAACAACUCCAGCCUGAUAGGUUUAGGAUACACUCAAACCCUAAAGCCAGGUAUCAAACUGACACUGUCAGCUCUGCUGGAUGGCAAGAACGUCAAUGCCGGUGGCCACAAGCUUGGUCUAGGACUGGAAUUUCAAGCAUAA